AUGAAGAUCCCGCUACUGGUCUCCACGGGAAUCCUGCUGGUCGCCCUCCUGCCCUGCCAGGAGUGCAGAGCUCUCAGCAAGAGCCCGGUAGCCGCCCACGGGGCUCUGCACCAGCCAGAUUUCUUCCAGCAGCCGCAGCAGCAGCAGCAGCAGCAGCAGCAAACUCUGCCCGUCCUGCUCCGCAUGGGAGAAGAGUAUUUCCUGCGCCUGGGCAACCUCAACAAGAGACCCGUUGGCUCUUUCUCCGCCUCUUCCAGCAGCACCAGCCACCUACAGCCCGAAGCCUCCGCCAGCAACUUUUUCGGAGCGCCGGUGCAACAGCUGCAGCAGCUGUCCGAGCGCUCGCUGGGGAGCCCCGAGGAGCGCGAAGCCGAGGGGGAGGCCGUGGAGAGGGAGAAGCGGUCCGAGGAGCCCCCUAUUUCUCUGGAUCUGACUUUCCACCUCCUGCGAGAAGUCUUGGAGAUGGCCCGAGCCGAGCAGUUAGCGCAGCAAGCUCACAGCAACAGGAAACUGAUGGAGAUAAUCGGGAAAUGA